AUGGAUUUUGCAGAGCUCAGUGAGAAUGGCGCCAUGGAAAAUACAAGCCUAGACUUCAUAUCAGUACUUGCUAAUGCUGACAGUCUUCUCUCAGACGUCCAACCAGAAGAGCUCAACUUGCCUUUUGCUCAUGAUCUUCCAAGCUUUCCCCCCUUCGAAGAAAUGCCCCGAAAUCUAGAAGACAGGUCUAAAAGAAGGAAGCAAUGUUUGAAAGAAAGUGCGAGCAGUAGGAAUUCAAAAGAUGGAGAGAAACAAAAGGAGGUGGUUCAUGUGAGGGCCAGAAGAGGCCAAGCUACUGACAGCCAUAGCUUAGCUGAAAGGGUGAGAAGAGAGAGGAUAAAUGAGAAGAUGAGAUGCUUACAGGAUCUUGUCCCUGGCUGUUAUAAGACAAUGGGAAUGGCUACUAUGCUUGAUGAGAUAAUUAAUUAUGUUCAAUCUCUUCAAAAUCAGGUUGAGUUCCUUUCCAUGAAGCUUUCUGCUGCGAGUUCCUUCUAUGAUUUCAAUUUGGCUGUGGAAUCCAUGGCUGCAACCCAGCAGAUAGGAAAUGCUCAUAGGGAAGCCCGAGACACAGAGAAAUUGGAGAGAUGUGAGAGUUAUGGAGGCCUCACUGGCUUCAACUCAGCCUUGCCCUUUUGACCUCUAUAUGUCCAACUUGGCUUCAAGUCUCUCUCUCUCUCUCUCUCUCUCAUAUCAUUGUUCCCCCUUAUCCCAUACAUGGCACACGUGCGAAUGAUCAUAUCAGGCCAUGCACAUGUGUGGGCCUUAAUUAUACGUGUAAUCAAAUAAUAAAGAACAUAUUCUUUUAUGACAAGCUUGCAUGCAUGUUUCUGGUUCCAUGCCAUCCAGUCUCAUGAAUA